GCUAUUUAGGGAAAGACGCCUGGAAAAUGUAAGUUCCCAUGUCUUCUUUGCUGGAAAGAAUUCAUACAGCUUGAUGGAGUGGAAGCGCAUCUAGAAACAAAAGAACACAAGGACAGAUGUCGACGAAAGGGAGUGACCAGGAUGUUCUGUACUCCAGAGGAAUAUGCUAAUAUACCAGAGACCCAAAAGAAGAACAUGAGAGAUCGUGAACUUGAAAGAGACAGACAAGAUCGAGAUAGACGACCUUCAAAGCGUCCUAGAGGUCCCAUGAAAGUGAAUUUCAACUAUUAUUACGAGGUUGAUAGUGUGGGAGAGUGUGAUACCUUUGGAGUGAAGUUGCGAAAACUUAGUCCUAGAAGAUCAGGUUCAAAAAAACGAGAUGACCGGUCAAGAUCUUCACUUUCACAGAGCAAAGAUUCUGAUAAAACUAAGAUUGCUGAAGGAACUAUUGCUGUUGCUAGUCUAACCCAGGAGAAUCUUUCCACACUAGAGAACAGUCUGGAAACUACCAACAUAGCCCUGGAGCAAUCUAAUAGGGAGGCAGGAGAAAAUCAACCUUUGGAUAGUACUAAGUCCAACCCAAAUCAACAGAAUACUACCGACAAUGGAUCUAAAGAAGUGUCGAAUGUUCCAGACGGAUUGGAUAUCGCAGAUCAGGCGGACACAGCUCCCAUGGCGGAUGAUAAUGUAGAGGGAGCAGGUUUUGAGACGGAGACAAUUGAGGGUACACAUGAUGUAGAGGAUUUUCAAGACAUAGAGGAAAUAGAGGACGCUGUGGCGGAGACGAUGGAGGGUAUACAUGAUGUAGGAGAUUUUAAAGAUAUAGAGGACGUUGAGGACGUAGAGGAUGUUGAGGACGUUGCGGAUGUUGAGGACGUAGAGGAUGUUGAGGACGUUGAGGCGAAGACAAUGGAGGGUAUACAUGAUGUAGAUGAUUUUAAGGACAUUGAGGACAUAGAAGACGAAGACGUUGAAGAAACUGAUGAUCAAAUUGCCGAUGAUUUUUCCCAAGAGGGGGAAUCUAUGAUUGAGGAAAUGUUGUAAAUUAAAGUUGUAAACAUAAUUCGUGUAAAAAGUUCAGAUUUAAGUAAUGUCCUUGUUCUUGAUACCCAUCUCUAGCCACCACAUCGUCCACCUCAUGUCAUCAUUUAAAUUGAAUUUCCUCAAUAUUUUGGAGCCCGUUAAAAUUGUACUUUAACUGUUAUUUUCAUUGUAAACACAAACUUGGAUCCGGUUUGUUCACGUUUUGAAUUAGCAUUUUCAACAUGUGUAAUACAAUCUUAAAUGUAA